AUGUCACAUGUGAUAAAAAAAAAAAAAAAGCUAUUGCUGAAGGAUUUCCUUGUAUUAGGUCAAAAUUCUAACUUCAGAAUAGUGUAUCAUUCACAAAAGUUUACAGCAUUGUUGCUAGAUGGAUUGGGGGUUAUUUCCUCUUUUUUUUUGUUUUUGGGGGGAUGGGGGGAGGGCAAAAUAGGAAGUAGCAAAAUUCUCUACUCCGGGUAUAGGUUGUGGAGGAGAGGUGAAAAGUAUAAAGGGUCUAAUUAAAUAUAUUUACAAGAAAGGAAAUUGGGUUGAGCUUUUCAGAUUAUCUUGUUGUCUCAAGUAAAAAGCUUUUCUAGACUAGCUUAAUUCACAAAUGAUGAAAUGUUAUGAUAUGCAUUUUAUUCCCUUGCCUUUUUUUAUAUGGUGAAACAUUGGAGAUUGAACCGUUUACUGUAGUAUCUAACAAGAAACCACCCUUUUCUCCUGCCAACAAAAUAAGAAGUACAUGUGCAUGUAAAAAUUGAUUAAAUUGAGACAUGCUUGGUGUGGUACUUGCUAAUACCAAAUAUCAGGGUUAGUUAUAUUUUGUUUGCUCAUUUUCCAACUUUCCAUGUUGCAUUAAUUGAAUGUAUGGGAAUUAUCUCUGUAAAUAUUUGACUUGUCUGUUUCUUCUUUGCACAUUUAUUGUAGCAGUUCUGACCUCUUUUUUUGGGUUGUUGAUACACAACCCCUAAGAUUGCUUUCUAAUGAAGCACCACAUGUUUGAAGUUUAAUGUGUCUUUUUAAUAUUCUAAAUCCAUGCAACAUCUCGAUCUAGCUUUGUUCUACAUGUGUUAUCAGUAUGUUAAAGAAGGCUUCAAGUUCUUAUCUGGUGGGGAUUUACUAGCUCCACCAGAAUAUCAGGCAAUUAAAUGAAUGUGGGCUAUCUUUAUGCAUUAUAAGUUUGUGAGUUGUUGUGUUUGUUCAGAAAUUAAGAUGCUUCUCUGUUCUCUUGGUUGCAAUGUAAACCAUCGGAUUUCACUUGUACUUGAAAGUGUAUGUCAAUAUGUUUAGGCUUAAAGGAGUAUGACUUCUUUACAUCCAAUGGUGAAGUAGUGUGUAAGCACAUGUAAAACUUGUUAAACUCCUAAUAUGCUUGUAGGUGCUGACUGGAAUCACUGUUUCUGUAUAAAUGCUGUUUUUGAUGUUCAUGGAAGUUGAAAUAUGGUUACAAAAUCUUGUUUCAAUUUUUCAAUCACGUCAUGCCCUGCUUUACCUUAUCAGCAACAAUUGUGUGACUUGUUUUUACUACUGAUAUUUCUCUUUAUUUUUUUGGGCUUUUCUUAUGUUUAUGCUAUGAAUCCCUUUUUGUACUUUUUUUUUUUUGGGCAGUAUACUGAGGAGGAGGUUGAGCGUUCUUAUGAAGAAUUUUAUGAGGAUGUGCAUACAGAGUUUCUGAAAUUUGGAGAAAUAGUUAACUUCAAGGUUUGCAGGAAUGGUUCAUAUCAUUUGCGAGGGAAUGUCUACGUACACUACCGAGAGUUGGAUUCUGCAGUUCUUGCCCGCCGUUUUAUCAAUGGCCGUUAUUUUGCUGGCAAACAGGUGAAUUGUGAGUUUGUUGGUGUAACAAGAUGGAAAGUUGCCAUUUGCGGAGAGUAUAUGAAGUCAAAGCUCAAGACAUGUUCUCGUGGGACUGCAUGUAAUUUCAUUCAUUGUUUCCGCAAUCCUGGUGGGGAUUAUGAGUGGGCUGAUUGGGAGAAACCACCCCCAAAGUAUUGGGUGAAAAGGAUGGCUGCUUUGUUUGGUUAUUCACACGAGUCUGGGUAUGACAAAUGGGUUGAACAAGAAACCAAAGGACAACGUAGGAACUCCAGCAAAAGUUUGAUAGCUGAUGAAGAAAGAUACCGCUCUCGAAGAUCUUUGUCUAGAGAAAUAAAAUCUUCAAACAGUAGUCCAAGAGAUAAUUACAAAGAAGACAAGUUUAGGAGGAGUAAAUACAGCAAAAGGUACAGGAGUGAUGACACAAAGAGGCUGGAGGUUCCUGAUGAAAGAGAAUAUGAAGAGGAAAGACAAUCCCGAAGCCAUCAGCGUGGCAAGAGAGGACAAUAUGAGAGGGAAUUCGAUAGAGCUUGGUUGGAUGAAGAAAAAGAUGCUGAUGGGUACUAUUACAGCACAAGAAACACAAGAGAAAGCUCCAGAAGCCCCUUUAGGAGAAGGUCACAAUCACAUGAUUGUCGAGAAAUUGACAAGCGCAAAAUUCCAGAAAAGAUCUCAAGAAAAAAUCAUGCGUUAUCUGGAACUGCAAAUGAUAGUGAUUGCAAUAAGGAAGCAUCCGCUUAUACUGAUUCUGGCCGGGACUUUUCACACGAGAAUAAAGACUGUAUAUCCUCACGAGACCUUUUGUAUAGGAGGGGAGCCUCAGAUAGUGAUUCCGCUGGAGACUGGUCCGAUUGGAUCAUAGAGAGUCGCCGUGUGCAAACAAGAAAAUCAUCGGCACGUGUAGAUGAAGCUGCAGGAUUUUCUAGUGAUCUCCAGGAAUCAGGGAAAAGUUUACAUGACAAGUAUGACGAGAAUGGAUCUGAACAUGCUAAACCCAAUCUUCAGAGAGGCUGGAGACGUACUAGCUCUUGUAAAAGGAAGACCAGAGGAGACGAUUAUUCUGAUGAGGACGAGGAUAGUGACACAAGAGGCCGCCGUGAAAUUGACAAAGAUGAUACAAGAGAACACCAUAGGCAUAACCAUUCGAGUAGAAAGACCAGAAAAGCUGAUUAUGCUGAUUAUGCUGAUGAGAACAUUGACGAAAGAGGCCACUUGGAAACUGAAAAAGUUGAUUCAAGAGAACACCACAAACACAACCGUUCUGGUAGAAAGACCAGCAAAGCUGAUUACGCUGAUAAGCACGAUGAGGACAUUGACAAAAGAGGCUGCUGGGAACCUGAAAUGGUUGAUGCGAGAGAAUACCAUAAGCAUAACCAUUCAAGUAGAAAAACCAGAAAAUGUGAUUAUGCUGGUGAGCAUCAUGAGGACAUUGACAAAGGAGGCCACUGGGAACCUGAAAAACUCGAUACAAGAGAGCACCAUGAACAUAGAAGAAAAUCUCAUGGCAGGUCUGGGUCACAUGAUCAGAAUGUUGACAAGCACUCUAGAAAGAGCAGGUCAAGCAACCAGAAAAGGAAAUCUUAUUCGAGGGAGAGGGACUGAUGAAAAUUUGGACUAAUCUCGAAAGGAUGGCAUGGUUGUUGAAGCUAAUGGCAAGGUGAUCCAUGCAAAGGAAGACGAGAUUACCAGUUCAUACCCAGGCUUUGAACAUCUUCAAGAGAGUAUUGUCUGUGGUGCUGCGGGAAGCUCGAUUUUUGGGAUAAAUGAAGAUAUUCUAAGUCCAUACUACCACGUUGACCCUUCAAUAUAGGGCCAUUGGCUUCAGAACCUCCUCUCUCUUAUGCUGGUAGUGGGAGGCUUCAAGAACUUGUCAAUGUAGAUGUCAUGCAAGCGGCCUGGCCUGUUGGUCACUAGUUUUGAUGCAAAGUUUAUUCUCUUCGAGUUAAAAUCAGUACGGAUGCUUGUAUCCUCUAACCCAAAGUUUACAAAUAUUUGAGCUGCUUGAUCUGCGAAUUCUGUCUUUCCUCUAUCUUUGAAAGUUCCUAUUCAACGAGUAUCUUUUUUUUUU